AUAGAAAAGGGCGCAAGGAAGGGCAGCUGUGAUCAGAGGUCGUUAAGAGAGGAGGUCAGAAAUAUAGAGAGAGGAAGAUUGGGUUGUAAGAAGAAGAGGGACGAGAAGAGAGACAGAAAUUGAGAGAGGGUUCUCAGAGACUCUCAACGAAAGCACGAUCUAGGGUUUCAAACCAAAAAAAAAAAAGUAGGCAAUAGAAGAUGGCAGAUAGCGAGGACAUUCAGCCUCUCGUUUGUGACAAUGGGACAGGAAUGGUGAAGGCUGGAUUUGCUGGAGAUGAUGCUCCAAGGGCUGUGUUCCCUAGCAUUGUGGGUCGCCCACGCCACACAGGUGUAAUGGUUGGUAUGGGCCAGAAAGAUGCUUAUGUUGGGGAUGAGGCUCAGUCCAAGCGUGGUAUUUUAACUCUCAAAUAUCCAAUUGAGCAUGGAAUUGUAAGCAACUGGGAUGACAUGGAGAAGAUCUGGCAUCACACUUUCUACAAUGAGCUCCGUGUGGCCCCUGAAGAGCACCCUGUUCUCCUCACUGAAGCACCUCUCAACCCCAAGGCUAACCGUGAGAAGAUGACCCAGAUAAUGUUUGAGACCUUCAAUGCUCCUGCCAUGUAUGUUGCAAUCCAGGCUGUUCUUUCCCUUUAUGCCAGUGGUCGCACAACUGGUAUCGUUCUAGACUCUGGGGAUGGUGUCAGCCACACAGUUCCAAUCUAUGAAGGUUAUGCUCUCCCACAUGCCAUCUUGCGUCUGGACUUGGCUGGCCGCGAUCUCACAGAUGCCCUCAUGAAAAUUUUGACCGAGCGUGGUUACUCUUUCACGACCACUGCAGAGCGUGAAAUUGUCAGGGACAUGAAAGAGAAGCUGGCUUACAUUGCUCUGGACUAUGAACAAGAACUAGAAACAGCCAAGACCAGCUCAUCUGUGGAGAAGAGCUACGAGUUGCCUGAUGGGCAGGUCAUUACCAUCGGAGCUGAACGCUUCCGAUGUCCAGAGGUCCUCUUCCAGCCAUCCAUGAUCGGUAUGGAGGCUGCUGGCAUACAUGAGACAACUUACAAUUCCAUUAUGAAAUGUGAUGUUGAUAUCAGGAAGGAUCUGUAUGGCAACAUUGUACUCAGUGGUGGAUCCACUAUGUUCCCUGGCAUUGCUGACAGAAUGAGCAAGGAGAUCACAGCACUAGCUCCCAGCAGCAUGAAGAUCAAGGUGGUGGCUCCACCGGAAAGGAAGUACAGUGUCUGGAUUGGAGGUUCCAUCUUGGCAUCCCUCAGCACUUUCCAACAGAUGUGGAUUGCAAAGGCUGAGUAUGAUGAAUCUGGGCCAUCAAUCGUGCAUAGGAAAUGCUUCUGAUCAUGCAAUAGCAGGGCAUGUAUUGACAAAGAGGAUUAAGCCGCAUCAUAGAAAUGCUUCUGACCAAGCACAUCUGGAGAAAUGCUGUUUUCUUUCUUUAUUUCCCCUUUCCUCUCUCUUUGUACCUCUCAUUUUAAUGAUGACCUUAAACGGGGUGAGAAUUUUCACGCCUGGGAAUCCCAAUUUUUUCAUUUAUUGUUUCAUCUUAGAGGCUGUGUUUGUGUGUUAAGAGUAAUACUACUUGGCUUUGGAUUGAA